CUCUCUCUCUCUCUCUCUCUCUCUAAACCAAAUUAACAGACACUUAAAUGUUAUUGACUCAUUCCUCACUCUUACACACACUUCACUGCAGCCAAACUCGAUCAUCACAAUCAAGAAUCAUGGGGUCAGAGAAGAAGAAGCUCCACCCACACCAACCCAAAACCCCGCUCAAGCUCUCUCUACUAACGCUGUCACGCCCGAACGUGCCGCCGGAGUUGCCCACGCCGCCGCCGCGGACGGCCGCUUCGGUUCCGUUUCAAUGGGAGGAAGCACCGGGGAAGCCUAGGCCCUGCCACACCCGAUCCGAGCCCAAAGGGAGUGAUGGCGUGGCAAGAACCUUGGAACUGCCUCCGAGGUUGGUGUUGUUGGAGACCAAGGUUUCUUCCCCAACGACGGUGUUGGAUGGGCCUUACGUUGGACGUGCCAUGUCUUUUACGUCGUCGUAUAGGUCCUCCAAGGACACGUGGAACGCCAAUUUUGCGUCUAGCAGGUGGAGCGGCUCCAAGAACCCUGAGGGUAGUUUUGACUUUUCAAAUUGGUCUGUAGAGGGUACCAGGAAGGUGAAGAUCACAAGGGUUAGGAGAAGAGGAAGCUUCUUCAGUCUCUCUCACGGAAGUUCACACUUGUUGGCAAGCAUUUAUGAAGGCUUUAAGCAAGUGGUCCCAUGGAAGCGCAGGCAAGAAAAGCAGAGCAAAUGGGCACCCAAAUUUCACACCGUUUGAUCUUUAACCUAUUUGUACAGGAGCAGGAAUAUAGAUUCUAGGUCACCAUCGAUCCAUGCCUUCAUAAGAAAGAAACUUGUUCUACACAACUUAAGUAAUUAAGUAUUAAUUUCUUAGUUUAAAUUAUGACAUCGUAUGAUAAAUGUAAUAAUUUCAAAAGGUGCCAAAAUCACUUACAGUGAUCGUCUGUGUCCCAACUUUAUUGGCAGUUUAAUUGUCCUCGACAAUGGUACCAAAGAUAGUCACCAUUAAUAUUUACAAGUAUAUAUAUUGAACAAAUAUAAUUUUGUC